GUUAGUUAAGUAACGAGGACGUUAAAUGUUCUUGAGCGCCAUCAGCAGCAGUCUCAUGCCACAAUUCUCUUCCCACCUUAGCAGAGUAGUGUUGCGAGUAUCCAACAUUCUCCAACUCCAGCAAUUCCAUGCGCAGCUCAUUCAACAUGCCCUCCACCGCCAUGAUUACUGGGUGGCGCGUCUCAUUGCGUUCUGUACGCACUUCCACGCUCCGUCGGACUAUAUCUGCCGCAUUUUCGACUCAAUCCACCAACCCGGCGUCAUGGUCUUCACCAACAUGCUCAGGUAUUACUCCAAAUGCGGCGGGAAUAAUGAGAUAUUGAUGCUCUUUGAGGAAAUGCAGAAUUGCGGUUUAAAGCCUGAUGCUUGUGUGUACCCUGUAGUGAUUAAAGCGGCGGGGAAUGGCGGGGUUUUGUUCCAUUCCCAGUUUGUUAAAAUGGGACUUGAUUCCGGUAAGUAUAUACGGAAUGCGUUAUUAAAUGCGUAUGGGAAGUAUGGGCCUAUUGAGGCGGGGCGACUGUUGUUUGAUGAAAUGACUGAGAGGAGUGUUGCGGAUUGGAAUGCGAUUAUUUCGGGGUAUUGGAACUGGGGAUGUGAAGGUGAGGCUAAGAGGUUGUUUGAUCUGAUGCCGGAUAAGAAUGUGAUUACUUGGACCACUAUGGUUAGUGGGUACUCAAAGAUGAAAGACUUGGAGAAUGCCAGGAGCUAUUUUGAUCGGAUGCCAGAGAAGAGUGUGGUUUCGUGGAAUGCGAUGCUCUCAGGCUUUGCACAGAAUGGAUUUUCCGAGGAGGCUUUAAGUUUGUUCAAUGAGAUGGUGAGUACUGGGGUUACCCCGGACGAGACGACUUUGGUUACUGUUAUUUCUUCAUGUUCAUCGUGUGGUGAUCCUGCACUUGCAGAAUCGGUCGUGAAGACGCUGGGUGACAGGGGAGUUUGCUUGAAUCCGUUCGCCAAGACUGCGCUUCUUGACUUGUAUGCCAAGUGUGGGCGCCUUGAGAUGGCUCGAAAGAUAUUUAAUGAGCUUGGGGUGUAUAGAAGUUCAGUCACUUGGAAUUCUAUGAUUUCAGCUUACAUGAGGACCGGGGACAUACCUGCAGCAAACGAACUCUUUGAUCAGAUGCCCAAAAAGAAUGUUGUGUCAUGGAACUCAAUGAUUGCUGGUUAUGCACAAAAUGGACAAUCAUCACUAGCUAUUGAACUCUUCAAGGAAAUGAUAAAUGAGCACAUAAUGCCAGACGAAGUGACGAUGGUGAGUGUAAUUUCAGCCUGUGGUCAUCUUGGGGCACUGGAGUUGGGCAAUUGGGUUGUGAACUUCAUUAAUGCACACCAUAUAAACUUGAGCUUGUCAGGGCAGAAUUCUCUGAUUUUUAUGUAUUCUAGAUGUGGAAGCAUGAAUGAAGCUAAGCUGAUCUUUGAUGAAAUGGAGACAAGAGAUGUGGUAUCCCACAAUGCUUUGAUCACAGGUUUUGCAGCUCAUGGAAAUGGCGUUGAAGCCCUCAAGCUUAUGCAGAAAAUGAAAGAUGAAGGCAUUGAACCAGAUCGAAUAUCCUAUAUUGGCAUUCUGACGGCAUGUAGCCAUUCGGGAAUGUUGGAAGAGGGCAGAAAGGUCUUUGAAUCUAUAAACGCUCCAGAUAUAGACCAUUAUGCGUGCAUAGUAGAUUUGCUCGGACGGGUGGGAAAGCUCGAUGAAGCAAGAAAAGUGGUCGAAGCAAUGCCGGUGAGCCCACAUGCACAAGUAUAUGGUUCUCUUCUAAAUGCUUGCCGAAUACACAAAAGAGUCGACCUUGGGGAGUUUGCUGCAAACAAGCUCUUUGAGCUUGAACCGGAGAAUUCAGGGAACUACAUUUUGCUUUCUAACAUGUAUGCAUCUGCAGGAAAGUGGAAAGAGGUCGAUAGAAUCAGGGAGUUGAUGAAAACAAGAGGGCUAAUGAAGACAACUGGAUGGAGCUGGGUGGAGUAUGAUAGGAAGAUUCACAAAUUUAUAGUAGGUGAUCGUUCACACGAACAAUCAGAUGAAAUCUAUCAUACAUUGGCAGAACUGAAAAGGAAAAUGAAGGCUGCAGGGUAUAUAGCUGAUAAAAGCAAUGUGUUGAGAGAUGUUGAGGAUGAGGAUAAGGAAGAGAUGGUGGGAACUCAUAGUGAGAGAUUGGCCGUUGCUUUCUGCCUUCUUGUUAGCGAACAGGGAACUGUUAUAAGGGUGGUGAAGAACUUGAGGAUUUGUUGGGAUUGCCAUACUGCCAUCAAGAUGAUUUCAAAGCUGGAGAAGAGAGAGAUUAUUGUGAGGGAUAACAACAGAUUUCAUCAUUUCAAGGAUAACAAGUGCUCAUGCAAUGACUUUUGGUAGUGUGAGAUCAUUGCCCGUUAUGAUUGAUAAACCACAUGAGAAGUGACUCCAAGAGCUAAGAAAUCUGUAGCUGUACCUUUGUGGGACUUUUUCUCUUGUACCAAGAGCAGGGUUUCUUUGAGAUCAACAAACAAGAAUAUCACUGGACCCAAUACAUUAUUAAUCAUACCAAUUUCAGAAACACAAUGUUUCUAGCU